CAUCCCACCUUUCUACCGCAACUUGCUUUCUCCCGCUGACAUUGUAAGUCCUCCGGUGUCCCUUCCCACCAGUCCAAUUCUACCCACUACCACCAACAGCACCUCCAUCAUGGACCAACAGCAGCAGAUCUUAGCUGCCAGCUCCAACAGCCACAUGUCUGAGACAGGAUCUUUGUCUCACCACCUUUCCACCACCUCAAGUGCCCCAGAUCCCAUCACCAUCGACCCUAUGCCCAAGAAGAAGCCUCGCAAGUCCAGCAUGCCUGUCAAGAUUGAGAAAGAUCGAGAGGUACCGGAGGAUUACGACGACAAAGACGACGACGAAGAUGAUGACAGUUGCCAUCAUCGUCACCCUGCAUCUCACCUCCAUAACAACAUCAAUGGAAACUGCAACAACAACAACAACAGCAGCAGCGGGCAUCAAUCGCCCUCCCAGGAUGAGAUGACGGAAGGCACCAGUGAGCUGCGCUGCAUGGACAGCUUCACCUCAGAGGACCAGGACCACGAGCGUGACUUUGAGAAUGAGUCCGAGACUUCUGAGUCCAAGAUGUUCUACCGCGAUGAGCCAAUGGACGCCGAAGAGCAUCGCCACGCCUCCAGAAGAAACAUGGACAAAGACAAGGAUGACGGAGAGGAAGACGGUCACAUCCAUAAAGAGGUAGAAGAAAAGAGACGCUCCUCGCCGUCCCCACAUCAACCGGUCAUCAAAAUCAAAGAAGAACUCAACGAUCCUACCUACGACAUGUUCUGCAUGGGGCAAUACAACCUGUACAAUGGUGGGAUGGCUGCCGCAGCUGCCGCCGCCGCGAGUAUGGCUGCCUUGCACGAAAGCUUCAUCUCCUCCAUGGGUUACGGAUCAAGUUCACCCAAAUUUCACUCCCAGUCUCCAGAGGGCGAUCUCUGUUCCAGCCCCGACCCUAAAAUCUGCUACGUCUGCAAGAAGAGCUUCAAGAGCUCCUACAGUGUCAAACUGCACUACAAAAAUGUGCACCUGAAAGAGAUGCACGUCUGCACGGUGGCCGGAUGCAACGCUGCUUUCCCUUCCCGACGAAGCCGAGACAGGCACAGCUCCAACAUCAACCUCCACCGCAAACUUCUGACCAAAGAACUGGACGACUUCGUCCUCGACCCCCAGCUCAUGCCGCUUCCCCGGGACAUGCGUGCCGAGUUAGCAGCCAAAAUCUACUCUGGACACCGACACGAGGACCCCGUGUCCCCUAUAGGCAACGGUUACCGCGGCGACAGCGAUUACGUGGCGCUGGACCUGAGCACGGCGUCGAGCGUCCACUCGAGCGGCAGCGUCCAGUCGUCACGCGAUUCGGACGAGGCCAGCGACGAAGGCGUGCUCCUGGACGAGCUGGACGUUAGCGAGGGAGAGGAAGCGGGGCCUGGGUUAGGUGAAGGGGUGGGGCUGGUGACCUCCGACCCCGCCUCCUCGCCGUCAACAGGCACUAACGGCGGCAUCCUGUGCACAAUCUGCCACAAAAUGUACAGCAACAAAGGGACGCUGCGUGUGCACUACAAAACGGUUCACCUGCGUGAGAUGCACAAGUGCAAAGUCCCCGGGUGCAACAUGAUGUUCUCGUCCGUCCGCAGCCGGAACCGACACAGCCAGAACCCCAACCUGCACAAAAACGCACCCUUCAUCUCCAUGCUCGACUAGCCCCGCCUCCCGUUCCUCAUAGACACACCCUUUUAUCCACACACUCCACCCACUGUCCCUGCAUUUCAGUGUCAAAAUGUGUCAAAGGUCGGUCCUUUCACGUGACGAUCAGACGAUAACCCUCGUACGCAGUCACGUCAGUGUUCCCGUUUUGACUUUUUUCUUUUUUCCUUCUUUGGGAGAAUUUGGAUUGGACGUUUCUCCGAGGGCGCUUCUCUUGGUUUGCUUGAUUCCAAAAUGGCCGCCCCUUUGAUCCUUCUUUUUUUUUUUUUUUUUGGCGUCUAACUCCAUAGAAGUUCCUCAGACUCUUUAUGUGUGACUGUUGCCUGCAGAAAACGGUAUUACCGAAAAAAGAAUAAUAAUAAUAAUAAUAAUAAUAAUAAUAAUAAUAAUAUGAGAAAAAAACGUCUCCUUGUUGUAUUUGUGUAACGAUAGCUUUACGAGAAAAAAAAAAACAGUCCCGUACAUACCUAAAGCAUGAACGGUUUCAAUUUGUAAAUAACGUCCUGAGAGGCUUUUUGGUGUAAAACAAUUGUAUUGAUGGUCGCUUGCUCUUUUUUUUCUCUCUUUUUAAAAAAACAAAAAAUUCCUUUGCUCUUUAUUUUUCUCUUUUUUUCCCUUUAUGUUACAGUUCAAUCUUUCAAAGUGUAGGUGACAAGAGGUAGCAUUUUACUAGCUUGAUUCAUUUAUAUUAACGUCAAAACUAAAAAAUAAAAAGGAAAAAAAUUUACCCAAGAACAAAAAAAAUAUAUUGUGACUCGUUUUAUCUACUUGUGAGAUACGCCUACGGAGCUGGCAUGCUUUCAGGCUCCUAAACGACUCCUUUUUUUAAAAAAUUUAAAUUCCUUCUUUUUCUUACUUUUUUUUUAAAAAAAAGAUUUAGUAAGACGUUUAGUUUUUUUUGCACUUUGCAUCUAUAACGAGCGGGAUGUGUAAUAUUAUUACGAAGAAAAACACUUCGCAAUGUUCGACUUAGUCAUGGCCGGGAGGGAAAAUUAAAUUUAAAAAAAAAAAGUAUCUUUACAGAAAUGUACCGGUUUUUGCACUUGUGUUCAGUUUAAAAAAAAAAACAAAAAAAAAAAACAAAUUUGCAUAAUCUCUGACGACCCACGUUCGAGCAGGACAAACCCGUAAAGGUAUUUAAACGGCGUCUCUGCUGCAGGAUUUUUACGAUCAGAUGAUCUUCUGCAGAAUAAAGAAGUAUAACUUGGCGUGGGUGUACCGUAUUAACCUGAGAAUCAGCUCCCAGAUGAAAUACUGCAUGUGCUGUGAUCAUACACGAGUACGCAUGUGCUGAAAACCGGUCGUACGAUAUAUCGCAAAACUUCAACACGCAGUAUUCCAUUGCAACAUUUACAGGUGCUUUGUUUCUCGUCACGGCGUGUCCGGGUCUCUUUUUGUUUUCGGACGUAGCGUCACGAUAAAUAUCGUAGUCCACGAUAAAAAUGACGUAAUUAUCGUGAUAUGUGAAUUUAACGCGUUCGGACGUCCGUUCACACUGGCAGCGAAAUGAUCGAUCGGGCGCUAUUUAAUUUACGUUGACAGUCAAUUUUUUUUCUGUAAAAACAGGGGGCGGAGCUUAGCUUAGCUUUAAUCAUCCGAUCACGAACUCGAUUCAGUGACGUCACGGUUAUCCUUUGUCUUUGCCUUGCAUGAUUCAUAUUUAGUUACAUUAACUAAACUCUAGCUAGCAUGACAUUAGCCAGCCAGACUAACAGGGGCGGAGUUUAGGUUACAUUUCAUCAUCCAAUCACAGUCACCUUUGUCCUUUCUCUUCACUUCUUUGUUUGAGCAGCAUUAAGGUUAGCUAGCUUAGCUUAGUUUAGCUAAGAUGAUCUUACCAGCCAGGCAUGUUUGCUAGCAAGCUAGUUAAGGCUAUGAUAGCUGUAACAAUCUGAAAAGUCUGUAGGUCGAAGAUGUAAAAAGAACGGCUAAUCGUUAGCUUGGCUGACAUUCAGUGUCUAGCUAACAGCAUGCUAGCUAACAGCAUGCUAGCUAGCAUCAGAUUGAUUGUGCGAAGUUUGCUUUCAAAACAUGUAGAAUUAUCAAACGUUAUCUAAGCUCCGCCCAUGUCAGCGUAAAAAGAUGCCAUCGUUCAGUGAUGUAAAAAAAAAAAAGAAAAUGGCUGCCAGUGCGAGCUUAAGAUAAAACGCUAAUCC